CAAAAGAGCCCGGCGCCGCCGCCCGCACACUCGCGCACCGCGCUCGGGCGCACACGGAGCAGCCCCGCGAGGCGGCAGCCCGGGACACGCGGACCAGCCGCAGCCCCCGCCGCCUGCCCCAUGGCGCUGAAGCGGAUCCAGAAAGAAUUAAGUGAUUUACAGCGCGACCCACCUGCUCACUGCUCCGCGGGACCUGUGGGAGAUGACCUGUUCCACUGGCAAGCAACCAUCAUGGGGCCCCCUGACAGUGCAUAUCAAGGUGGAGUCUUCUUCCUCACUGUCCACUUCCCGACAGACUAUCCCUUUAAACCACCAAAGAUUGCUUUCACGACAAAAAUCUACCACCCAAAUAUAAACAGCAAUGGAAGUAUUUGUCUUGACAUCCUGCGGUCCCAGUGGUCACCAGCUUUGACUGUAUCUAAAGUAUUGUUGUCCAUAUGCUCGCUGCUCUGUGAUCCUAAUCCAGAUGAUCCCUUAGUACCAGAUAUUGCACAGAUCUAUAAAUCAGACAAAGAAAAAUACAACAGGCACGCAAGAGAAUGGACUCAGAAAUAUGCAAUGUAAUGUUUUCAAACACUUACACUUAUACCAGAGUACUGUAAAAUCUAUGUCUUUUUCAACAUUAGUAGUAAAUCGAGCGCUGUUGGCUGUCUCCUUUGUUCCAUGAACCCUUUGGUUUCUACUCAUUUUAAAUGUGUUUCUGAAGCAAGACAGAACAAACCUCCAAAACUACCCUUGAAACUGUGCUGAGAGCAUUCAGCAUCUUGUGCUCGUUGAGGAGGACAUUUAUUUUGGUUUCUGAGACACUUGGACACCUGCAUCUUCGAAGCAAGAUCUGUGACAUCACUGAGAAACAACCAGAUGAUUUUUUUUUUUUUGCUGAAAGGAGAUGUUUUUACAUGAGAAACACUGUAUGUAUUGUCCAAGAUGUCAUCACUUUUAUAAAUCUGAAUUCAGAUUUCAUUCUUUGUUAGCUCACUUUAUAAUUUGUAUUUUUUUACUGUAUAGACUAAAUAUAUUCUAUGUCAACUCAUGACUUUUUUCCCUGUGAACAGUAUUGAAUCCCCCAACAACUGAUGAUGAAUUAACUGUGCCCCCUUGUCUUAGGAUAUUCUGUGGGUUGAAUGCAUAUUUCUUAAGCCAGAACUGAUCUUCACACUGUAUUUCCCAGUAUACCGAUUAGAAUGGAGAGACCCUUGUUUUGGUUUUAUUGUACUUGACUUAACUUUAUUGCAAUGUGAAUUAAUUGCACUGCUAAGUAGGAAGGUGUGUCACUUUUUUUUUGGUUGCUCUUCACAUUUGAAUUUUUUUCUGUAUAGGCAAUAUUAUAUUGACACCUUUUACAGAUCUUACUGUAGCUUUUUCCAUAUAAAUAAAAUGCUUUUUCUACUAUCUGUCUUGUUAAUUAAUACAAAAACCAAAACUGCUUGAUCUGUCCUUAAGGAUCAAAACUCUAGACUUUUUCAUGAAGACUAUUUCCAAUGUGGAAAAUUAAAUCUUUUUUUUGUAUUUAAAAGAAAUUUGGAGUGAGUUCUGUGGUACACGUGAAGAAAAGAGAACACCUUGUAGGAGUCAGUUCUCUUCUUCCAUCAUGGGGUUCUUUAAAAUCCAGCUCAGGUCACUUUGGUCACCUCUAACCCUUGACCACCCCACCUACUAUCUUGGCAUUUCUAAUAACCACUUUAUUCCAGUAGGUUAGUACCUCUUUAUCAGCUUGUUGGCUAUGAGGUCAUUUACUUUGGUCCCUUGUUGUAGAUGAGAAUUUAGAAGUGGGGGUUUAUCCACAUCCAAGAUGGAUUACUUAUAAAUGUCGCAAAAGGACUGUGGGUUUGUAUCCCCUACCCUAAAGAACAGUCUUGAUAACUCUGAGGAAUGUCCAGGUUGACUUGUGAGAAAGACUCUCAAUAUUACUGCCAUGACAUCACUCAAUGUUUUAAAGUCUGGAAUCUCUAAAACAGAAUUUUAAUGCCAUCACUAUUUUAAAAGUAUGUGUAAAUGGUUAAGAAUCUGAUGGAACUACUUGGUAGCAAAAAAAAAAAAUCAACUCCAUUGAUUAUUUUGUCAUGAUUUGUUAUUAUUGGAGCACAGGCUAGCCUCUUAGGAAAUACAUCUUUAUGAAUGAUUGUAAAAAUAAUUAAAUAAAAUGUGAAAUGGAUGUGUAAGAAAAUAUUGGGUCUGAGAAAUAGAGAUAUUAAUGUCUUGAAGUAGUCAUCUCAUGAACAAAACCCAUGUUACUAUCCAUUCUUUGUGAACUACAUGUCUCUUGAGGUUAGGUGCUCUCAUAUUUAGAUAAUAUUUAGUGUAUUGUGAAAGUAAGAGAUUUUGUUUCUUGAGUAUCUUAAAGUAUCACUUGAAAAAAAAUUCCUUUGUGCUGACGAUGAUGGUAUAUACCUUUAAUCUCAGCAUUCAGGAGGCAGAGACAGGAGGAUCUCUGUGAGUGUGAGGCCAACUGGUCUACCUAGCAAGUUCUAGGCCAACCAGGGCUAUAGUGUCAGAGAUCAUAUCUCAAAAACAAACUAAUAAAAUUUUUUCCAUUUGUAUGGCA